UCUCAUUUGGCCCCGCUCAGCCACCGUGACUCGCCUUUGCGCAUGUGCAGGGUGAACGGCAGAGAAGGUGAAGAUGGCGGCGCCCAGGUCUGCAGCUCUGGGAGUCCGGUGGCUGCAAAGGGCAACCCGCGGCAUGGUGCCACUGGGGUCAUGGAGAGCCUUCCAUAUGACCAAGGACAUGCUGCCGGGGCGGUAUCCUAGGACCCCAGAGGAACGCGCCGCGGCCGCCAAGAAGUAUAAUAUGCGCGUGGAAGACUACGAGCCGUACCCGGAUGAUGGCAUGGGGUAUGGCGACUACCCGAAGCUCCCUGACCGCUCACAGCAGGAGAGGGAUCCAUGGUACGAAUGGGACCACCCAGACCUGCGGUUGAACUGGGGCGAAACGAUCCACUGGGACCUAGACAUGUAUAUCAGGAAUCGUGUGGACACAUCCCCUACACCUGUUUCUUGGGAUGUCAUGUGUAAACAUCUCUUCGGCUUCGUGGCCUUCAUGGUUUUCAUGUUCUGGGUUGGGGAUACUUUCCCUUCCUACCAGCCUGUGGGGCCGAAGCAAUACCCUUACAAUAAUCUGUACCUGGAAAAAGGCGGUGAUCCUGCCAAAGAACCUGAGCCGGUGGUUCACUAUGAGAUCUGAGGAGGCUUCAUGGGCUUUCGUGCCCUCUGACUAGGACUCCCUCAUUCCUAGAGGUUUAACCUUAAUGAGAUCCCUAAUAAAACUCAGUACCAUG